UCAGCGCCCGGGACAUGGACCGCACUGCCGCCUCGGUGGUGGGAUUUUGCUGAGCGGAAUCAAUGGCCCUCCUCUGCGGCAGCCAUGGCCUCUGAGGAACCUGUGGACCCGGCAGCGGUCGGCGCCGGACUGCUGGACUCAUUAGCGCAGGCAAAGUCUCUGUUUGAGCCCGCCGGAGAGGAGCAUUUGGUUCCCCCCGUGCAGGAGGUCAUCGAGUGUGGCGGGCAUGUCCCCUCCGUGCCGUCCACCCCCAGCCGCAACAGCCUUUGCGAGGAGUCCUUCUGCCGGAUCUGUCACGAGGGCGGUGGCCUGGAAGACCUGCUUUCCCCCUGCGAGUGCGCUGGCACGCUGGCCAUGGUCCACCGCAGCUGUCUGGAGCACUGGCUGACGGCCUCCAACACCAGCCGCUGCGAGCUCUGCCACUUCCAAUUUGCCUUGGAACGCUUGCCAAAGCCACUCACUGAGUGGCUGGACACCCCAUCCACACAGCACCAGAGGCGGACACUGUGCGGGGACGCCAUCUGCUUUCUGUUCAUCACCCCGCUGGCCUGCCUGUCGGGCUGGCUCUGCGUCCAGGGCGCCAUGGACCUCUACUACAGCAACAGCAUGGAGGCCAUCGGACUCAUUGUUCUCACCCUCGCACUGUUCGCCAUCUACCUGUUCUGGACCAUUGUUUCGCUACGUUACCACAUCCACCUCUUCGAGACGUGGAAGAGCACCAAUCAGAGGGUCAGGCUGCAGAUUCCCCGGCCAGCACUGCUACCGUGCCGUCAGCGAGCGUUUCCCCCGCACUUCCUCAACAAGGACACCAGCAAGGAGACCGUGGUGUAGCUCACUGGAUCACCAUUUUAGAUGGACCAGCA